AACCUUGACUCGCGUAGGUCAGGUAGCGCAUCCGUAAAUCGGGGCAGGGCGGACAGUUGUACGGUAAACACUAACCUUAGUACACUGGCUGAUUUCGCUGGGGUUCACAGUUUCCAUCGUGACUACAGGGAAUUUCUCCGUAGCACUACUUCCCUUAACUAUUCAGAAUUUGUCGCCAACAUUCACUUUUCAGAUCCUGAAGUUCAUCCUCAACCCGAGACCUACUGGGGUCGAGUCAAUCCAAUCGGUCCACGGGCUUGUUACGAUGAAAGUAAACGCCUGGGUGAAACACUUACAUAUGCCUAUGCCGAUCGUCUGGGACUCUCCGUACGCAUCGCUCGAAUCUUCAAUACACACGGGCCACGAAUGCAGCUAAAUGAUGGUCGAGUUGUGAGUAACUUCAUCAUUCAGGCGUUGCAAAACAAACCACUCACUGUCUAUGGUACCGGUAAACAAACUCGAUCAUUUCAGUAUAUAUCUGAUCUGGUCGAGGGUCUGGUUCGGCUCAUGGCAUCUAACUACUCGCAACCAGUCAAUCUGGGCAAUCCACAAGAAUUCUCGGUAUUAUUCAUUGGGGUUAAAAACGAUCUUGUCGCUAUCACUUUUGCAGGCAGCAGCAGUCCCAUUGUGCACCAGGCGAUCCCGGUUGAUGACCCUCAACGACGCCGACCUUUGAUACAGGUGGCCAAAGAACAGUUGCAGUGGGAACCUGUGGUUGGCCUGGAGGAAGGGUUGCAAAACACAUUGGCUUACUUUCGUGACUACGCAGACUGUAACAAGGAAUGCUUGAAACCUUCUGGUCGCUAUUGUUAA